UCCCAACUUUAGGCGAAAGUUUUCCUCUAGUCAAUAGCCAAUCGUGUGGCGUUGCAUGUGUGUGCGCGCGUUCUCAUUGGAAAGCACCGGGUAUCCGCGAUAUCCAAUUGGGUGACAACGACCGACGACGUCCAAUCGCAGUUGUGUGCGCGAUCAGCGAUCGCACGUGUUAAUUUGCGACCGCGACAUUGGCGUCCCGCGCAAACCUAUCGUAUUUGUGUAUUUUGGUAUUUCCCGGAUCGCGGUGGUGGUGACUGGUGGAAGCAGAUAGAGAAUAUGUCUUCAGCAAGCAAGCAGAUUAGUAUCCCUAAGGAUCAUCAUGGUUGGAUUCUUGGCAAGCAAGGUCAGAGACUGAAAGAUCUUCAGCAGAAAACUGCUACCAAGAUUACUGUACCUAGAAGGCAAGAUCAAUCAGAUAUAAUAACAAUUACAGGUACAAAGAAAAGAAUUGAAAAGGCUGAACACGAAAUUAGAGUUAUUUCUGAUGCGAAGUCUAGAAAAGCUUUUGAAAGGAUAACUGUGCCAAAAAUAUAUCAUCCGUUUAUAUAUGGUGCGCAUCAUGAAAAUCUCAAUGCUAUGAUGGCAGAAACUGGUGCUCGCAUCAAUAUUCCUCCUGUAUUAGUGCAGCAGGAUGAAAUAACCAUAGCCGGUGAGAAGGAAGGAGUCUUGGCUGCAAAGCAAAAGAUUAAGAGCAUCUACAAGGACAUGAAGAAAAGAUGUACUACGGUAUCUGUAGAAGUUCCCAAAUCUCAACAUAAGUAUGUAAUUGGACCUCGUGGUAGUACCAUAGCAGAAAUAUUACAAACAACUGGAGUGAGCGUAGAAAUGCCUGCAUCUGAUUCAGCAACUGGUACCAUAACUCUUAGAGGACCGCAGGAGAAGCUUGAUCAGGCACUUAACAAGGUAUAUGAAAAAGCAAACAGUGUUCGCACUGCCAUGGUGGAAGCUCCGGCAUGGAUACAUAAAUACAUCCUUGGACGCAAAGGUGUAAAUAUCAAGAAAAUUACUCAAGAAAUGCCAAAAGUAAACGUCAAAUGUACGGGAAAAGAAGAUGAAAUCAAGAUAGAAGGUCCACCUGAAGAAGUAGAGAAAGCCCAAAAUGAGUUACAGCUUAUGGCCAAUGAUCUUAUAGCAAAACUUACUUUCACGGAAUUAAAUGUUGAUCCAAGAUUUAACAAGCAUAUUAUUAGGAAGAAUGGUCGUGAUGUGAAUCGUGUUAAGGAAGGAACGGGUGUAGUGAUUAGUAUCUCUGAAAAUGAUGGCAGUAAUGUUAUCCGCAUUGAAGGUAAUCUUGCUGAGGUAUUGAAAGCUCAAACGGAACUCGUAGAAAUGGUAAAAAAGUUGGUAGAAAACGAGAAGAAAAAGGAUGUAUCGAUCGAUGUGUUUAUAGAUCACAUAUAUUAUCGUAACAUAAUUGGUAAUAAAGGAGAUAAUAUCAAAGAGAUUAGGGAUAAAUUUAAUCAAGUACAAAUUAUUAUUCCUGGACCAGGCGACAAAGGAGAUAUAGUGAAAAUCAGAGGACCCAAAGAAGACGUUGACAAGUGCCAUAAACAUCUAUUGAAGUUGGUAAAAAAAUUGAACGAAAGUAAUCAUGUAUUGGAAGUACCUAUUCCACGAAAAUUUUACGGUUCGCUUAUUGGUACGGGAGGUAAUAUGAUACAUUCUAUUAUAGAAGAUUGUGGAGACGUCACGAUUAAUUUCCCUAAAAGUAAAAGCAACAAGGUCAGUAUCAGAGGUCCAAAGGACGAUGUAGAGAAAGCAAAAGCGCAGCUUUUAGAACUAAGCAAUGAAAAGCAAUUGGCUAGAUUCUCAACUGAAGUGUGUCCCAAAGUUGAACGUCAUAAAUAUCUCAUUGGAAAGAAUGGUGUCAACAUCAAAAAGAGGUAUGAACGUUACGGUUUAACAAAGGACGCAGAAGUUUUCUGGAAAUAUUAGAAUCUUUACGCGUCCUUUCUGGAGUAACGCGGCGGAUUGUGGCAAGGUAGCAGCCAAAGUAUCGGAUGACUCUUUCCACAUACUUGAGACAAAAGUGUAAAUGUUCGUGGGGUAUUCUUAUUGUGAUAACAAAAAAGUAACG